AAAAAAACAUUUGGAAAGACUUUGGCAAUCACGAAAGAGACACUUCAGGGCGUUGUAUGUACGUACUCUUAAGCAAAGAAAGACAGCACUACGAAACCUGAGCUUACAGAAUCAACAAGAUGGAGUCAGCUAUCAAGACCGUGGUUGGGCAGUUCCUGAGUUCAGCCCGUGGGAAAGAGAGUCUCAACAAGCCCAAUUUCCAAAAGCUGGUCCAGCGUCAACUGGGGAACAUCAUGGCUGACACAGACAGCUCAUCAGCAGUAAAGGAUAUGAUGCAAGGACUGGAUGAGAACCAGGAUGGGAAGGUCAGCUUCCAAGAGUACAUGACCCUGAUUGGCUACCUGGCCAACUCCCUGAGUGAAAGCAAAACUAAAACUCAGACUGCCACCAACUAAGACCUCAACACUCAAAAGCUGACUGACUUCACCUCUGUGUACUCCAAGAUUGCUAUAAACCUGGCAAAUCAAGCUCAAUGUGUGUGCUCUCAAUAUUUGUUAUGCUUUUUUUUCACAGCUGCCUAAGUCAGUAUUGGUAUGUGUACAAUAAUUACUAACACAUCAUCCUGUGGAGUUUAAAUGUUAUCCACUAUAUGCCAAAAUUAUGUACACUGCUCUCAGCCGUUACCCACAGUCCGUUAAGAAAUGCAGCAGAGCUGGACUGAGCACUGAUGCUACAGUGACUUUCAAUAUUGUUUUGUACUUUGGAGAUAUUGCAUGGAAAUAAAAAGGUCAAAAAUCAA